CCUUCCCUUUGGGAAGCGGGAGAACCAGAUGGGCUGUUGCGCAAGGUCUCUCCCUGCUGUUUACCUCCCGCAGGGGCCUCCUCCCUCUCUAUAAAGUCUGUGUCGAGCGGGGGAGACGCGGAGAGACAGAAAUUGAGGCUGUCGAAGACAGGAAGACAGAUUAAAAGAGAUCUAGAGAGGAGGGAAAAGAGAAGCAUAGAAGUUGAGGCGCUGAAAGAGUUUUUAGUAUUGGGGUGGGGAGGGUAAAGAGAGAGCGUAAGGAAACCAACCGAUUGUGGGGGUUGAAGGAGCGACAGGAGGACCCUUGCCCCAUCUCCCUAUGGAGGUUUCGGAGUUGGGUCCCGGGUUGGUGGAGCGUUUAGAGCAGCUGUCCACUUGCCCGCUGUGCGGGGGCCCCUUCCAGGACCCCGUGCUUCUAGCCUGCGAGCACAGUUUCUGUCGCGCGUGCCUGGCCAGCCGCUGGGGCACUCCUCCAGGGCCCGGCGACUCUGACACCGCGCCUCCCACGGUUUGCCCCUGCUGCGGUAUCCCGUGCCCUCGCCGCAGCCUGCGGUCGAACGUGCGCCUGGCAGUAGAGGUGCGGAUCAGUCGCGGGCUGCGAGAGAAGCUGGCAGAACCCGGGGCUCGGACCGGGAGGCGCCGUGGGGGACGCAUCCCCACCAUGGGCUGUCAGGAUCCGCACGAAGAGGAUGUGAGGAAGACAUGGAGAAGACUUGAAACCACAAAACCCAGACUGGAGGAAUCAGAUGAGGACAUCCCAGAGGAUUAUCCUGUGGUCAAAAACAUGCUCCACAGACUUACAGCUGACUUGACUCUGGAUCCUAGCACCGCACACCGUCGCCUCCUUGUGUCACCAGACGGCCGAAGCGUCUGUCUGGCCCCACCAGGGAUGCCUGUGCCGCCGGACAGCCCAGCCCGAUUUGACCAGCUUCCCGCUGUGCUGGGUGCACAAGGCUUCAGAGCUGGACGGCAUUGCUGGGAGGUGGAGACAGCCGACCGAAGCUCUUCUGGAGAGUCCUCUGGUGAAGAUGAUGAUGGGGAGAGCCGAUACGCUGUCGGUGCUGCUGGAGAAUCUGUGCGCCGCAAGGGUCGGGUGGGACUAUGCCCAGCUGGGGCAGUGUGGGCUGUGGAAGGCCGUGGGGGCAGGUUAUGGGCAUUGACAGCCCCCGAACCUACGCCACUGGGGGGCGGAAGACCUCCGCCACGGAGAAUUCGAGUGGACUUGGACUGGGAACGAGGCCGAGUGGCUUUCUAUGAUGGCCGUUCUCUUGACCUGCUUUUUGCCUUUCAGGCAUCGGGGUCUCUGGGGGAGCGUGUCUUUCCAUUGCUCUGCACCCGCGACCCCCGAACCCCACUCCGCAUUGUACCAGCUGAUGGCUGAGCCCUCCACCCUGCACUUUUAAAAACUAAGGGAUUCCACACUCCUGAAUAAAUUUCUCAGGAGACAAGCUCGCCUAGUUUCGGGCCGCCUCCAGUAAGAAAUUCCUGCCUCCCUCCCGGGCAAUUUCAGAUCUAGUCUGUACACCAGGACGGGGCACCCCGAGACCCAUUUCCUCCUAAAUCUUAAUGCUUCCCAUCCUAGAACUCAUACUAUGCUAUAUUCCUACGAGAAAAGUAUUUUAUAAAUAAACCUACAAACCCACGAUCUUCCUAGACCCUCUAACCCACUUUAACUCCAUCUGCACCUUCUACAACUCAAUUACUGUUUCCCUUCCACUAAGCCCUGCCCAGCUGGAGAAACUGCCUUCUCAGCAGUCCCCAAGGGCUUUCAGAGUACUCUUUCAUUCUCUUUUCUAGAAAAGUAUAGAGGUACUGUUCCUUACAGUUUUGAGGAUCAGUCUUAUUUGCCUGAUUUUCCUGAAGCAAAUUUUUUACCCUGCAAAAAAUUUACUUGUAUAAAAUUUCCCUCCCGACCAAGAAUAAAGCCCCUUUACUCAGAGCCACCCUUUUCUCCCAAGUCUGGCUUGCUGCUGUACAAAUCCCCUCCUACAGUUUUCCCACCUCCCAUUUAGAAUGGGGUAUAUGGUACUACCUCUCCCCACUUUGGGGGUUCUGGGCACAGUCCAAACUGACCUUCUUGUAAAUAAUCCCUUUACUAUAUAUAAUUGGCCCCAUAUUUAACACAUUCUGUGAUGUUGGGUUAUUUAUUUUGAGAGCCUGUGGCAAUAAAUGAAAUCUCAGCGAA